AUGAACUCACAUUUUUUUGUAUGGAACGACCCUCAGACGCUGUACCUCGGGAUCGUGUCGCUGUGUCGCGCGCAGUACGCCGAGCACGGGUCCCCCGCGGCGUGCUCGCUUCGAUCGCAGUUCUUAAUGGCGCUGCACGACGAGGAGCAGACGGAUCUGUGCGCGAGUGAUCGGUGCCAUCGCCUCGCGUGGCUCGCGGACGCGUGCGCGCGCGACAGGUGCGUGGACGGGCGGCGGCUGACGGAGAUUUUGCAGCUCGUGGAGACGGCGGUGUUCGACGCGAGCGCGGGCGAACGCGCGGCGGCGACGGAGCGGAAGAAGAAGGCCGCGGCGGCGAAGAAGGCGGAGGCGGCGGCGAAGAAAGCCGCGGCGGCGGCGGCGGCGGCGGUGGAGCGGAAAGAGCGCGCGGCGGCGGCGCGCGUCAAGCCGAAGAUGAAGGUGCAGUUCACGUUCGGGAAGAAGCCCCCGGCGGCGGCCGUCGCGGACGGCGACGAGCCCGCGGUGGAGGAGGACGGAGAGAGAGAGAAACCCGCCACCGUCGCGGACGCGGACGCGGAUGCCGCCUCGAAGCCCCCGGACGACGCCCCCGUCCCGGCCGCGAUGGACGUCGCGGACGGGGAGGAGGACGCGCCGACGCCGACGCCGACGCCCGGCCCCGCGCUCGCGGCGGUGAGCGUGGGAGGCAACAACACCGCCGUCGGCGACGACGACGACGACGGAAACGGCGGCGGCGAGAGCGACGCGCCGGCGGGGAGUAUCUCGCGCGUGAACGACAUCGGCGGGGCGUCGGACGAGAACCUCCUCGGCGAUCUCGGGAUGGUGUUGCGGGACCCUCCGGUGUUGAACUUGUUGCUUCACGAGAUCGUGCGGACGCUGGAGACGCUCGCGCGCGGCGUCGGGACGAAGGGCAAGGCCAGCGGAAAUCGCCUCGGCGGUCUCACGAGGCUCGUCGCGAUCGCCCUCGGCGCGAGGAGAGUGCUGCGAGAGUCGAAACCGCGAAGGGAGCCGACGAUGCCGGCCGCGCCGAAAGAGGCGACGGAGGAGUUCUACCCGCUUCUGCGUUCGAUGUUGGAAGAGUCCAUCGCGCGCGCGGCGGCGGGCGAGGGCGACGAAGACGACGCCGUCGCGCGCGCGAGGGAGGAGAAGGAGGACGGCGAGGCCGAGGAAGGGGAACUGAAUCGAAGCGACUACGUCGAGGAGAAGAUCGAGCACGUCGGCGAGGACGGCGAGAUCACGAUCGAGACGCGGCUCGUCCCCAAGGCGAAAGGGUUGACGUUCAAGAUGAUGUCCCCGGCGGCGGCGCGGCACGCGAGGCUCGUCUCGCUGAUUUCCGAAGGCGACCUGAUGCGCAAGGUGGCGCUGACGUACGCGCUGCGACGGCUGCAUCACGGCGACGUCCGCGCCGCGCGUCCGGUGUUGCGCGCGAUCGCGAACGGCGGCGCGUCGGACGCGAGCGUGUUGGACGAAGCCGCCGCUGCCGUGACGCUGGCGCGGCGGCUCGCGGCGUUGAACUCGGGCGUCCGCGCCGUCGCCGCCGCCGCGCCCGGGACGUCGUGUUGGAAGCACGCCGUGGACGGGUUCUUACUCCGCGCGUGCGUCGCGAGCAUGGAGACGCACGAGGAAGUUCUGAGGUUGAUACUCGCCGUGACGGACCGGCCGACGAUGACGGACGACGUCCUCGCCGGGCUCGUCGAGACGACGCUGCACGCGACGCGGAAAUCGAGAAGGACGCACAAGCGCCGCGCGAAACAGAUCGUGUACGAGUACGAACCGCUGCAGCCGCUGCAGCGCGGGGUCGUCGCCGGGCGCCUCGGCCUGGGUCUGGGCGGCGGCUUGCUUCACGGCGGCGGGGCCGGGGGCGCGUUCCACGGCGGCAGCGGGACGGACACCGGGUACGCCUCCGCGGGCGUCGGCGGCGGGACAUCGGCGGCGGAUUCGGACACGGACCGCCCGGGGUCGCCCGGUUUCGGCGGCGGCGUCGACGGCGUGCGGGCGACGUAUCAGCUCCUCGCGCAGCAAGCGAGCGGGAGAUUGACGGAGGAGAGAGCGCCGAAGUUGCACGAGUACCUCGCGCGGCGGGAUCGGAGAGACAUGCGACGCGCGGGGGGAGCGGACCGGCCGUUCUCCCCGGACGGGACCGAUUCGCGACCGUUUUCGCCGUGA